CUUCUUGACUAGUUUGGUCCCUCAUCAUAUAAUCGAAAAAAACCUCCCAACUCCGAAAUCCAAAACCGACAAAAAUCACUCUUUUCAGAUCGAUUUAUCCUUCUCCUCCUCCUCCUCCUCCGUCGAAAUCCAAAAAGUUUCCGCCGCGAAGAUUCUCGUUUCAGAUAAUUAUCAAACUAGGAAUCUGGAGAGGAGCUUAGCAACGACGGUGAUCCGCCAUUACUGAAAGCCUCUAUUCUCGUUAAUGUCCAAUAACCCAAGUCGAUUUAAGUAACGGGUUUUGCGGUAGUUUGUUAGGUGAAGAAGAAUGACAACAACUGGGUCUAAUUCUAAUCACAACCACCAUGACGAUGGUUCCGUGAAGAAUAACAACAACAACCCUAGUACGAGGUCUUGGGGCACGGCGGUUUCAGGUCAAUCGGUGUCCACUAGCGGCAGUAUGGGCUCGCCCUCGAGCCGGAGCGAGCAGACCACCACCGUGGCUACAUCUGCUAGCGACAGUGCCUUUAUACGCCUGAACAAUUUGGACAUUCAGGGUGACGAUACUGGUUCUCAAGGAGCUUCUGGUGGUAAGAAGAAGAAGAGGGGACAGCGUGCGGCUGGUCCAGAUAAAAGUGGAAGAGGGCUACGUCAAUUUAGCAUGAAAGUUUGUGAAAAGGUGGAGAGCAAAGGAAGGACAACUUACAACGAGGUUGCGGACGAGCUUGUUGCUGAAUUUGCACUCCCAAGUAACGAUGGAACAUCCCCGGAUCAGCAACAGUAUGAUGAGAAGAACAUAAGGCGAAGAGUAUAUGAUGCUUUGAACGUCCUCAUGGCUAUGGAUAUAAUAUCCAAGGAUAAAAAAGAGAUUCAAUGGAGAGGUCUUCCUCGUACAAGCUUAAGCGACAUUGAAGAAUUAAAGGCUGAACGUCUCUCACUUAGGAACAGGAUUGAAAAGAAAACUGCAUAUUCCCAAGAACUGGAAGAGCAAUAUAUAGGCCUUCAGAAUCUGAUUCAGAGAAACGAGCACUUAUAUAGCUCUGGAAAUGCUCCUAGUGGUGGUGUUGCUCUUCCAUUUAUCCUCGUCCAGACUCGUCCUCACGCGACCGUAGAAGUGGAGAUAUCAGAAGAUAUGCAGCUCGUGCAUUUCGAUUUCAACAGCACUCCAUUCGAGCUCCACGAUGACAAUUUUGUCCUCAAGACUAUGGAAUUUUGCGAUCAAGUUAAAGAGAAGAUUGUUCUUGAGCAAAAAAACAAGGAACAAGGGUGUGAAAACAGUCGAACAGAACCAACUUAAGAGAAGAGGAGUAUCAUAGGGACUCACAUUAAGAUGAACAAUGUAUAUUUUGUAUCUCUGGAUAUUAUUUUGAUACUCGAACACUCCUCCUUUUAUUAGAUAUUUUUGUUCACAAAAAAACAUUUAUAUCUCUUCUUACUUUAUAUUAG